AUGGACUACGUCGGACUCAAGGUGGUGAGGAAGGAUUUCGGAGGCCGCGCCGCUAGCUUCGGCACAGUGGUGGCCUUUUCCACCACCACCGGUCUAUUCAGAGUUGCCUUCGAUGGCGGCGACGAAUCCGAGGAGAUGCAGCUGACGGAGCUCUAUCCGCUCUUCCUCACGCCGCCACCGCCUGGUUUUGGCCAGAUGCCGCUGGGGAAGGAGAGCAGCGUCGGAAUCGGAGCAGAUCUAGAAAAUCCUCGUGAUUCCGGUCGGAAUUUUGAUCUGAAUGUUUCCGGAGACAUCGAUUUGAACGUCGACGUCGACGGCGGCGGCGGUGUUGGAUUGCAUGGUCUGGACUUGAACGAAGGAGUGAACUACAUUCUCAACGGAGAAACCGAUUCCACACCAAAAUCCAGAGAAACUGAUCUGAAUCUGGAUUUAAACGAAGCGGCGCAGGCGGAGGAAUCCAGCACCACCUCCGCUAAGAUCGACUUGAACGAGCAGGCGUCGGCUAUGGAGAUCGACGACAGAGGGAAAGCCGCAGCCGAGGACGAUGACGACGACUGUGCAAUCAUACCGGCUCCAUCACACCACGUCGGAGGCGGCAGCAGCAGCGGCGGCCGAGGCAGAUGGAGGAGGAAUUACCGAACAAAUCCAGAUGCGGAAUCGAGGAGACUCAAUGCCAUGCCCUCUUUUCCAGCUAGGGAUAAUCAAUUGUAUGUGGCGAACACUCGUCUCAUGCAAUUCCAAGCAUCGGCUCCUCCUCCUCCUCCGAAGGCGUAUCUUCCAGAAUCUUCCACCAGUUUGGAUAUCGGCGGAGCUUCUAUGGUGGAUUUCCUCUCGGUGUACGCAUUUGUGAGAUACUUCAGUGUCACGCUACUCGUGAGCCCGUUCCAAAUCAGCGACUUUGCCGCUGCUCUGAUGAGCAAUGACUCGACGCCGCUGUUCGACGCUGUACAUCUGGCGCUCAUGACGGCGCUCAGAUCACAUCUCACAUCCCUCGCUGAUGGAGAAUUCGCGUCUGCAUCUGCGUGCCUAAGGUCUCUAAACUGGGAUUUGCUGGACUUGAUAACGUGGCCGGUAUUCCUCAUCGAGUACCUCCUCUUCCACAGUCCAAAGCACAUCCCUGGUUUGGAUCGCAGCGAGUUCAAGCUCUUCCAGAGCGAGUACUACGCAAUGCCGGCCCCAGCAAAGGUCGCCAUCCUACGCCAUCUCUGCGACGACGUCCUUGAAUCGAAGGCUUUCAAGGCCGAGGCCGACAAGAGGGCGCUCAUGGCGGAGACCCAGAGCUGGAACUCUCGCUACUUCAGCUGGAAAGGAAAGAAGAAUAAGAGGAGAAGCAGCGGAGGAGAUGGUGAUGAUCUGGCAGGGGAGUUUCUGAACGACUUCGUAGCCGAUGGGAAUGGCGACGAGUGCUAUCUGUGUAAAACAGAUGGUAACCUGAUCUGCUGCGACGGCUGCCCUGCUGCGUUCCAUGCUAGAUGCGUUGGGGUCGUCACCAGCCAAUUGCCCGUUGGCGAUUGGAUUUGCCCUGAGUGCACCAUAGAAAGGGAUGCGUCUUACCAGCUGAGUAAGUCUAUCCGUGGAAUGGAGCUGCUCGGGGUUGAUGCUUAUGCCCGGCACUACUACAACUGCUGCGGUUACUUGUUCGUGGCGGACUCGCGUGAAGACAACUACUGGUUUUCGUUGUACAACAAAGACGAUAUGCCAGCUGUUGUUGCAGCGCUAGAGACAUCAUCCACUGUGUAUGACGUAAUAGCAAGUGCUAUCCGGAGGAACUGGAACUUAACUCUUGGAGUCAGUUCUGAAGUUCCCGAGGACACGGUAAACCCUAGAGAUGAAGGAGCUGGUUCCGGUGCAUCAACCAGCUCUUCGGAAUUGGCAAACUACGCCAAUCUCUACGGGUUUGCUCGUAUGUCAUACAAGUUCUCCAAGGAGUUGGCCUCAAAAUGGUCCGAAGAAGAGCAAGCCACGAAAUCAGCAGGAGAGAUCAUUGGGAGGCAGAUGAGGGUGAUCUCCAACAAGUAUGCUGCAUUUUCGUGGCCGAAUCUCAGAGACCUGGGUCUGGCCACCACCAGGAGAGAGAACUGCGGAUGGUGCAUCUGCUGCAAAGUUCCCCAAUUGGAAAAAGAUUGCUUGUUCAUUGCCAGUGAUAAUGUUCAAGCAUCUGAAAAUUUCACGAGCCAGGCUUUGGGUAUCAUGCCAGGGUCGGAUAGUAGGAAGAUCCAUCUGGUUGAUAUCAUAUGCCAUCUUAUCUGGAUCGAGGAAUGCCUCCGUAGCCUUCUAUCCGGCCCCUGGUUGGAUCAAAGCUAUUCCGGCCGUUGGCGGAACAAUGCAGUUGAGGCUGCCCAUAUUGGAAGCCUGAAGCAUUUGCUCAUUGAGUUGGCAUCGAAUCUCCCUCGUCGCGUACUCUCUGGAGAUUGGACAAAGAGUGUCGAUAACGCAGCCACGAUGGGCUCAUCAUCUCACACAAUGAAGAAGUUCACAACGCGAGUGUCCCGACUACCUGCAGAUAGCCGGGGAAAACGCAAGUGCCCAAAGAGCAAACUCGCCCGAACUCCAAAAGAGGAACAAGGUGUGAGUUUGUCUUGGUGGAGAGGCGGAAAGGCUUCGCGCAAGCUCUUCAACUGGAAGACCUGUGGUAUAGCAGGUGGUUGUAAGAAGAUUGAUGGGGUUAGCUACCCAGACGGUGGAGACUACGCCAAGAGGACGAAGGGUCUCGCUUGGUCGGCCGCUGUGGAGGCAUCCAAGACAGUGGAGCAGCUUGCCCUUCAGGUGAGGCUAUUCGACGCCAGCAUCAAGUGGAACGCGGUAGGCAUCAUCAACCUUCACCCUGAACCCAAGAAAGAUAAGCAAGGAAGGCGGUGA